AUGAAGUUCACUCUUGCCCUCUUGGCCUCACUGGCGGCGGUCGCCAAUGCUCACUUCACCCUCCAGUACAUCUGGGUCAACGGGGUUGAUCAAGGCCUGAACACAGGCCUGCGCAUUCCCCCCAACAACAACCCUGUCACCGAUGUUACCUCCAAGGACUUGACCUGCAACGUCAACGGCCUUUCUGGUGCAGGUGUCUCCACCGUUUCCAUCCCCGCAGGUGCCAAUAUCACCUUUGAAUGGCACCAACACGCUCAACGAACUGGGGAGGAUGCUAUUUCUGGUGGCCACAAAGCUCCCGUUCUCGUCUACAUUGCCAAAGCACCUUCAACAGCUGCGGACUUCGACGGACAAGGUGUCGUCUGGACGAAGCUGUACCAGUCCGGCCUCUUGAACCCGUCCACCCAGGAGUGGGCCAGCGACGUCGUGAAUGCCAACAACGGCAAGCACAGCGUUGUUAUACCAUCUUCCCUCCCAGCCGGAGAAUAUCUCCUUCGCGCGGAGAUGAUUGCCCUUCACGUCGCACAGUCAUACCCUGGUGCCCAGUUCUACAUCGGCUGCGCCCAAGUUAAGAUUUCCAGUGGAGGAAGUGCCAGUCCACCCAAGAUUGCUCUCCCUGGUGCCUACUCCCCAUCAGACCCCGGCGUUACCGUCAACAUCUACAACAACCUCCAGAGCUACACCUUCCCAGGUGGCCCCGUUUGGUCUGGUUGA